AUGGUCGACCAACAAAUUGAUGAUUUCAUCGACUCUGUUAUAGCGAACGACCCGAAGAGACGAGUGUAUAUCGAAAGAGAUAAGGAACAAGGACACAAUCAACUAUGGCACGACUAUUUUAGUGAAAAUCCAACAUACCCACCCGAAAUGUUUAGGCGGCGUUUUCGAAUGAACAAACCUUUGUUCCUUCGCAUUGUCGAACGCCUAAAUAAUGAAGUUCCAUACUUUCAGCAACGAAUAAAUGGUCACGGAAGGUGCGGCCUAUUUGCACUUCAAAAAUGCACUUCAGCAAUACGAAUGUUGGCAUAUGGUCAAGCCGGAGAUGCGAAUGACGAAUAUCUCCGACUUGCGGCAACUACUGCACUUUUAUGUUUGGAAUAUUUCACGGAAGCGAUAAUACAAUUGUUUGGAGAUGAGUAUCUAAGAAGACCUACACCAGAAGAUCUUCAAAGACUACUUGACGCUGGAGAGGCACGCGGGUUUCCGGGGAUGAUAGGCAGCAUCGAUUGUAUGCAUUGGGAGUGGAAAAACUGCCCAACGGCUUGGAAAGGUCAGUACACACGUUCUUCAGGAAAGCCGACAAUUGUCUUAGAAGCUGUGGAAUCACAAGAUCUUCGGAUAUGA